AGUCAAGAAAACUCGGGAAGAGGCAGCUGCAGCUGGAUCACUUUUUCACCGAAACACGUCGCGAAUCUUCAUCCUAAAACCACACUUACUCUUUAUCCAUGUAGGAAAGAGAGGUACAACGUCGUAUGAAUUCAAGAUGUGGCAAUCCUUUCUUUGACCCGGGGCACCCACUCCAGUACUGUAAGGAUGAUGGAAACUGUGUCCCUUUUACCACCUCCCUUUUCAAUGAGGUGACUCAAAAAAGCUCCAAAACCUAUAUUCUUCUACCAGUCAUUCCAGAGUUUGUGGAACAUAGAAGAUACAGAAAUACGCCACUACCAUGCUGCUACCAGGACCACUGUGGCUGUGUUUGGGGCUGGUGUGGGUGGGACAGUCCCAUGCCCACAGUCUCUUCACCUGUGAGCCAAUCAGAGUGCACCGAUGUCAGGAGAUGUCUUACAACAUGACCUUCUUCCCCAACAUGAUGGAACACUAUGAUCAAGACAUCGCAGCCAGUAGAAUGGAGCCUUUUAUGCCAUUGGCAAAGCUGCACUGUUCUCCAGAUGUGCACCACUUCCUGUGCCAGGCCUUUUAUCCCCCGUGCAUCGAGGAAAACAAUGUGUUUGGUCCCUGCAGGGAAGAGUGCAAGACAGUGCUAGCUGACUGUGCUGAGAACAUCCGGAUUUUUGGCAUCACCUGGCCUCCUGAACUACAGUGUGACAAAUUACCUUCAUGCGGUUUCCCAAACGGAGAUUCUUCAUUACAGGCCACCACUCCAAUGAAAAUCCCUGCAGCAAAGAGAGACCUUGGCUUUUGGUGUCCGCUGCAGUUCAAGACCAAAUCAGGUUACGGAUCGUCUUUCUUAGGGGCCCAGGACUGUGCACCACCUUGCUCGAACAUGUAUUUCAAACCACAUGACAUAGAUUUUGCAAAGAGCUUUAUUGGUGUGUGCUCUAUCAUUUGUCUUGGAGCUACACUGUUUACUUUCCUCACCUUCCUCAUUGAUGUCAAGCGUUUUCGAUACCCGGAGCGUCCGAUUAUUUUCUACGCAGUCUGCUAUAGUUUUGUGUCAUUAAUAUACUUCAUUGGAUUCCUACUGGGGAACAAAGCAGCAUGCACCGAGCCCUUUCACCCCACAGGUAUGUUUACUGUUGUCCUCGGAUCCCAGAGUAAAGGAUGCACUUUGCUCUUCAUGUUGCUCUACUUCUUCACCAUCGCUGGUGUCGUCUGGUGGGUCAUUCUCACCAUCACAUGGUUCCUGGCGGCUGGACCCAAAUGGAGCUGUGAAGCCAUUGAGAAAAAAGCGGUGUGGUUCCACUCGGCUGCCUGGGGAAUCCCUGGUGCUUUGACUGUCAUGCUUUUGGCUUUAAAUAAAGUUGAGGGUGACAACAUCAGUGGCGUUUGCUUCGUGGGUCUUUACGAUCUGGAUGCUCUUCGCUACUUUGUCCUGGCCCCGCUGUGUGUGGGUGUUUUGGUAGGACUCUGCCUUAUCCUGGCUGGUAUCGUCUCCCUUAACCACGUACGGCAGGUCAUUCAGCACGAUGAGAGAAAUCAGGAGAAGCUCAAGAAGUUUAUGAUUCGAAUCGGUGUGUUCAGCUGCCUGUAUCUGGUGCCACUGGUCACACUACUGGGCUGUUACACCUAUGAGCAAAGCCACAGGAGCAACUGGGAGGCAACAUGGCUCAGAGAAAAUUGUCAGAAAUACAGCAUUCCCUGCCCAUCCAAGGAUGUAGAGCCCGAUCACCCAGACCUGACACUGUUUCUGGUGAAGUACUUGAUGACAUUAGUGGUGGGGAUUUCUUCAGUAUUCUGGGUCAGCAGCAAAAAGACCUGCUCUGAGUGGGCCUACUUCUUCAACAGGACACGCAAGAGAGAUCCCAUCAGUGAGAGCCGACGAGUGCUUCAGGAAUCUUGUGAGUUUUUCCUGAAGCACAACAGCCGUGUCCAGCACAAGAAGAAACACUACAAAUCAAGCACUCACAAACUCAAGGUGGUCUCCAAAUCUAUGGGCACGAGCACAGGAGGAGUACCCACCAGCGCCUCUGUCUCUGUGGCCACCAACCAAGACCCAGCACUGUCUGCCCAUGGGCACCUUCCUCAGGGCUCCCAUUCUGAGGCAUCGGUAAGGGAGCACAUGGAGAGGGGCGUGUCCAGCCGAAGUUCACGUCGGGACAGAGACAGAGAGAGGGACCCAGAGAGGGACCCAGAGAGGGACGGGAUGGAGAGACGCAGUAAAGGAGGCAGCUCUGGCAAAGUCAGCAGUCUGUCAGACAGCUUAGCCAGAGUUGCUGAUGGAAGGAAUACUCCUAGAAGUGACCACUCUGAAGCCAAGAGGGUUUCCCCAGUCCAACAUCCAGCUUUAAAUCUGUCCCAUAGCAGCAACCUCCAGGACUCCAGCCAACUCCAACUAGUGCACAAGGCUCCUGAGGAGAUCAAAGAGACAAAAGGCAUAAAUUGCUGAAACAUACAACAAUCUCACAUGAACCUGUUUCAACUUCAGUGUCCAAAUGUCUUUCAGACUCAAACAGAUGAUUUAUUAGCUCCAGUGUAUGUCAGAUAAUCUACACUGUCUGGCCAAAAAAAGUCACACACUCACACUAAUAUUUUGUUGGACCGCCUUUAGCUUUGAUUACGGCACGCAUUCUCUGUGGCAUUGUUUCGAUAAGCUUCUGCAAUAUCACAAGAUUUAUUUCCAUCCAGCGUUGCAUUAAUUUUUCACCUGGUCAUUCAGUAUAUUCAGGUAGCCAGCUGACCUCAUUCUUUGAGCACAGAUUGUUGCUGAACCUAGACCUGACCAACUGCACGAGGCUCAUACCUAUUUGCUUAGUUAAAUCCAGGUGGUGACUUUUUUUUGUCCAGGUAGUGUAUCAUGCCACUGCUGUCUUACUGUAACAUACUAGCCAUAUUUGACUGGUAUAUUUGGACCACUUUUUUACUAUAAAAAAUAUUUAGCUUAACUGGACUAGUCUUAACACUGGACAUUUUACUUUUAAAGGUCAUGCCAAAUGUAAUGGUGCAAGUCCUUCAGUGGCGUACUGCUUUCAAAUGUAUCAUGUUUAAUGAUACAAGACACAGUUUUUGUUUGUUUUUUUGUCAAUUUAUUGAAUAUCGUAAGUGAUGCAUUUUUGUUUUCUGUGCUCUUUUUACGAUGGUCUCAAACUUUUUUAUGUGAAUCUGAAUAAGGUAACUUUUUUAAUAACGCCUUUUGUUUAGCAUGGCAUGUUAAUUAUUCAUUGUUUGGGAUGAGUGCUGUUGGUGUGAUGGUUUUCAUUAUGAAAAUUCUUAUUGGCGUUGCACUAUAUUUUUAGAAGCACAAAGAGAGUGUGUUAAAUAAUAAUUGUGUCUUAUUGUUGGGUGUGUUGUAUAUACAUCCCUUGUAUCUUUUAAGCAUUGAAAGAUUUACUUCUCUCUCCAGUCAUGUGUAUUCUUCCAUGUUGAAGCUACUGUCUAUCAUGCUGUUCAGGGGAUUCCUGUUUCUACACUGUUUCUACUCUAUAUUAUGUGAACAUCAACGCUUCUUAAAGGGAAAGUUUAUUUUAUGAUAUGUCAUUAUAUAUCAAAACCUCAUUGUCUUGUCUUCGCAAUAUUUUGCAUCAUGUUGUUGUACCGUUUCAUUUUAUAAAAAUAAAAAGUUACUAUUUUUAUGUGUAUGG